GAAUACAUCCACUAUCUACCGCUCAGCGCAAACGACGUACCCGGGCAAGAGAAAUCCAUCACAGCUGCCCUCAUCGGGCAACUCCUAGCAAUCACCACCGGAGGGCUCCACGCCCACCUCUACUCCAAGGCGACCGCCGAUCGUACCCUAACAUGGGUCAACUGCCUGGCAUACGCGGACGAAUACCGCCGCAUGCACCCAAAUACGCCACGGGCAUCACCCGCCCCACAAAGCCAACAACAAACCAACCGCCGACCAAAAACUACGGCGUCCGGCGUGCAAAAACAUUACUGUGACCAUCACCAACGGUACGUCCUACACACGACCGCAGAAUGCUCGCUCGGGCAAAACCCACGGCCCAACACGGCCACGGGUAAUCAAUCCCCACGAAACCUGCAAUCGUGUACCUAUCAUCCAGGCCGCCUCGUCGCACACUCGACGGCGGAAUGCCGAAACAACCCGGCCAACCAGGUCACACAGCGGCAAACUGCCCGAACCAGGGAAACGCCAAGAUCGGGCAGUGACGGCUGUCCUCUGCUCGAUCCCCCAAGAUACAGACGACAGCCUCACGAUCAUCAUCGGUAUCAAGAACAAACGCGUUACAGCGCUGAUCGACACUGGAGCCACCAGGUCAUUCAUGGCGACCGACGUCGCAGCAGAAGNUCGACACUGGAGCCACCAGGUCAUUCAUGGCGACCGACGUCGCAGCAGAAGUAG